AUGAAUACAACCCAGUUUGUAGCCUACGACUCGGCUGUUGAUACCUGCCUGAUGCUGAAACCUGAACGUAGCCUGAGCGGCUACAAGUUGCUUGAAGAGAAUAUUAUUACAUUUGUGAAGAACGAGCUGAAGAUGUUCAAGAGGAUUCUUAGUCCAGAACUCCCAGAAGGCUUUGAGAGUCAGAAGCAGGAUAAGGAAGUGGUGGGUGCUGAAGAUGAGAAGCAGGAGAGAAGUGCCAGAGAGGGGGCUCUGAAGAUCACAUUGCACGUCCUGAGGGAAAUGAACCAGAAGGAGCUUGCUGACACACUGGAGAAAUAUGAGCUUGCUGUGAUUUGCCAACGUGAACUCAAAUCUAAUCUAAAGAAGAAGUUUCAAUGUGUAUUUGAGGGGAUCGCUAAACAAGGAAACCCAACACUUCUCAAUAAGAUCUACACAGAGCUCUACAUCACAGAGGGUGGAACAGGAGAGGUCAAUAAUGAACAUGAGCUGAGACAGAUAGAGACAACAACCAGGAAACAAGCAAGACCAGAGACUCCAAUCAAAUGUAACGACAUCUUCAAACCCUUAACUGGACAAGACCAACGUUUCAGAGCUGUGCUGACAAAGGGAGUCGCUGGCAUUGGAAAAACAGUCUCUGUGCAGAAGUUCAUUCUGGACUGGGCUGAAGGAAAAGCAAAUCAGGAUGUAAAAUUUGUAUUUUCAUUUCCUUUUCGGGAGCUGAAUUUGAUGAAAGGAGACAAACACACUUUCAUUGAACUUCUCAAUCACUUCUCAAUGGAAACCAAACAAUCAAGAAUCUCCAACUAUGACAAGUACAAAGUUCUGUUCAUAUUUGAUGGUCUGGAUGAGUGCCGACUGCCCCUAGACUUCCAGAAUAACAAGAUCUGUUGUGACGUCACAGAGUCAACCUCAGUGGAUGUUCUGCUGACAAAUCUCAUCAAGGGAAAUCUGCUUCCUUCUGCUCUCAUCUGGAUAACUACCCGACCUGCAGCAGCCAAUAUUAUCCCUUCAUGGUGUGUUGACCAGGUGACAGAGGUGCGAGGGUUCAAUGACCCACAGAAGGAGGAGUACUUCAGGAAGAGAUUCAGUGAUGAGGACCUGGCCAACAGAAUCAUCUCACACAUAAAGACAUCAAGGAGCCUCCACAUCAUGUGCCACAUUCCAGUCUUCUGUUGGAUUUCUGCAACAGUCCUUGAACACAUGCUGAAACAUAAGAGAGAAGAGAUGCCCAAGACUCUGACUGAGAUGUACACACACCUUGUGGAGUUUCAUACCAAACAGAAGAAUGAAAAGUAUCUUGGGAAAGAAGAGACAGGUCCACACUGGAAUCAGGAGAGCAUUCUGUCACUGGGAAAACUGGCUUUUCAACAGCUUGUGAAGGGCAAUCUGAUUUUCUAUGAAGAAGACCUGAAAGAGGCUGGCAUUGAUGUCAAUGAAGCCUCAGUGUACUCAGGAUUGUGCACACAGCUCUUUAAAGAGGAAUGUGGGCUGUACCAGAACAAGGUGUACUGCUUCGUGCAUUUGAGCAUUCAGGAGUUUCUGGCUGCUGUAUAUGUGUUCCUCUCAUUCAUCAACAACAAUGAGAAUCUAAUGGCCGAACCGCAAUCAACGACCAUUAACUAUUUUGCGCUGAAGCCUGAAGCUACUGUCUACAAGAGUGCUGUGGAUAAAGCCUUACAAAAUGAGACGGGAAACCUGGACCUUUUCCUCCGCUUCCUUCUGGGCCUCUCACUGGAGUCCAAUCAGAAGCACUUACGAGGUCUACUGACAAAGACAAGAAGCAGCUCACAGAGCCAUGAAGAUACAGUCAAGUACAUCAAGAAGAAGAUCAAGGAGAAUCCCUCUCCAGAGAGGAGCAUCAAUCUGUUCCACUGUCUGAAUGAACUGAAUGACCAUUCUCUAGUGGAGGAGGUCCAAAGCUACCUGAGAUUAGGAGGUCUCUCAGAAGCCAAACUCUUACCUGCACAGUGGUCAGCUCUGGUCUUUGUGUUAUUGACUUCAGAAAAGGAGCUGGAUGUGUUUGACCUGAAGAAAUACUCCAGAUCAGAGGAAGGUCUUCUGAGGCUGCUGCCAGUGGUCAAAGCCUCCAGAGCUGCUCUGCUGUCAGGCUGUGGAGUCACAGAGGAAGGCUGUGCUUCUCUGGUCUCAGCUCUGAGGUCAAACCCCUCACACCUGAGAGAGCUGGAUCUGAGUAACAAUGACCUGAAGGAUUCAGGAGUGAAGCUGCUCUCUGCUGGGCUGGGGAAUCCCCACUGUAAAGAACAUGGUGGAGAGAACACAAUGAAACCUGGGCUUAGAAAAUAUGUCUGUGAUCUCACAUUGGACCUAAACACAGUAAACAGACUCAUCUCUCUGUCUGAGGAGAACAGAAAGGUGACAUGUAGGAGAGAGAAGCAGCCAUAUCCUGAUAACCCAGAGAGAUUUGAGGACUGUGAGCAGGUGCUGUGUAGAGAGGGUCUGACUGGGCGCUGUUACUGGGAGGUAGAGUGGAGUGGGAGAGGGGCUGAUAUUGGAGUGACAUACAAAGGAAUCAGCAGGAGAGGAAGGGGUGAUGACUGUUGUCUUGGAUACAAUGACAAGUCCUGGAGUCUGUUCUGCUAUGACAACAGUUACACUGCCUGGCACAAUAAUAAUCUCACUAUAGUAGACGUCCCCUCCUCCAGCUCCCACAGAGUAGGAGUGUAUCUGGACUGGCCAGCCGGCACUCUGUCCUUCUAUAGAGCCUCCUCUGACACACUGACCCACCUGUACACAUUCUACACCACAUUCACUGAGCCCCUCUAUCCAGGGUUUAGGGUUCAUUAUGAUGAAGACUCCUCAGUGUCACUGUAAAUAAUAACCUGACAGACACACACACACACACACACACUGGACACACAGAAUAGACACAUACAAACACUGGACACACAAACACAGGACACACACUGGACACACAAACACACACACUCACACACACACACAGCGGGGACACACACUGACACACACACACUGGACACACAUACACUGGACACACACACACUCACACACAGCGGACACACACAGGACACACACUCUGACACACACACACACACACUGUGUGAUUUUAUGAGAUUUUAUUUGUGUAUGUACCACAGGAGGUUGGUGGGACCUUCAUUUGGGAGGACAGGUUUGUAAUGGCUGGAGGGGAAUAAGUGGAAUGGUAUCAAACACGUAGUUUCCAUGUGUUCCAUUUCAUUCACUCUGUUCCAGACAUUAUUAUGAGCCGUCCUCCCCUCAGCAGCCUCCUCUGGUAUGUACUGUCCUAUAUGUGAGAGAGCUCCAACAAGGAAUUUCAAUUUAUGUAUUACUUUUUAUACCUGCAAAUGGGAAAUAAACUACUUGAACUCCUUAUGAAUGUCUGCAGCCGACUAGGCUGUUGGCGUCUGACAAGAGGUGAAAAUAUUGCAGGAAUAUUCUGCAAAUGUUGAUGAAAACGUCACUCAAUCCACCCAAAACAACAUGUAGUCUUUCCACAAGACUCCCAUGAAGUUAUAGUGUGACGUUAUGAGUUGACGUUAAAGUAACAUUCUCAGAACAUACUGCACUUGUUUUAUACUGUUUUAGUUGUAUCCUCUGUUUAAACAUUUAAUCUCUUACAAUAACACUGUUAAAAUACCAAUGUGAUCAUUUGUUGUCUUUUAUGUUGAAUAACUAAUUGUAUAAUUAUAUAUGGACAUACGCUCCAUAGUUGUACAAGUAUACAAGGAUAUAUUUUACUUUUCAUAAUAAAACAGACUUGAAACAAGAAAACUA